AUGCAUCUUUCUCAUCCGUGGCAUGCAUCUGUCUCAUCCGUGACAUCCAUCUGUCACAUCCGUGGCAUGCAUCUGUCUCAUCCGUGGCAUGCAUCUGUCCCAUCCGUGGCAUGCAUCUGUCUCAUUCGUGAUAUCCAUCUGUCCCAUCCGUGGCAUGCAUCUGUCUCAUCCGUGGCAUGCAUCUGUCCCAUCCGUGGCAUCCAUCUGUCUCAUCCGUGGCAUGCAUCUGUCUCAUCCGUGACAUCCAUCUGUCACAUCCGUGGCAUGCAUCUGCCUCAUCCGUGGCAUCCAUCUGUCCCAUCCGUGGCAUGCGUGUCAUCCGUGCAUCUGUCUCAUCCGUGGCAUGCAUCUGUCUCAUCCGUGACACCCAUCCAUCUGUCCCAUCCACAUCCGUGGUCAUCCGCAUCUGUCCCAUCCGUGGCAUGCAUCUGUCCCAUCCGUGGCAUGCAUCUGUCUCAUUCGUGA